AUGCCGGAUAGCAACCGGAGCACCAGCAUUCGCGGGCGUGGAGCCGUCAGAGGUAGUAUCGCUGGGAACGUCCGGAUCCUGUUCGCCAAGAAAGAGUUCAAACCAACGGGGAUGAUCAUCCGCGAAGCGAGCAUGACCGCAGCCGGCGUGAACAUCGUUCAGAACGCGGCAGACACUCAAGAAGGGGCAGUCGCGAGCGAGAGCGCAGCCCUGACCGUGAGAGAGAGGUUAAGGAACCGCGUGAACACAGGGACAGAAGGCCUGCAGCACAAAGCCAGUCUAGCACGCGCGAAGAGCGCGAGCCCCGGCGCCCUGGCCGUGAGCCAUCUAGCAGCACCAGGGACCCCCAUGUCAACGUUCCCCAUGGUAGCAGCCGAGAGAGCAUGGGUAGCAGCCGCGAGCCGCGUCAUCGCGGCGACCGCGGAGAAGGUGGACGUGGAGAGGGAGGUUCGGCCGGAAGGGUCGAAGAAUGGGGUGGAAGUGCGCGUGGCGCAUCUAGAACAGGACCGCGUGAGGGUGGAUCGAGGCCGACCGACGAUCGACGCGAGCCGCGCGAAGACCGAGGCCGAAAGCGGAGGAGCGAAGACGCUGUCGGUCUUUCGAACGAUCGCGAGAAGAGGCAGAGACGUUAAAGGUCUCAAACGUGAAGCACAAGCAGGAGCGGACUAA